UCGAAGUUGGUCCUGUUGACUCAUUUGAUGUACGCAGCAUUCUCGAAAAAGUUCCAGAUGGUAAACUGAUUGUGGCCAAUCUUGAUAAAAACGGCUUUGUGGGCCUCAACGACCGGCGCCUAAUGGUCCGCAUUCUGGUGUCGUAUUUGAUGGAGCGCUUUGGGGAAAACCCUUCUUCACAAGUAAAGGCCUCCCUGGCAGCAGCAGUGGUGAACCAGUUCGCAUCUCUAAGAGACUGCCAGGGUACUGGUUAUGACGCAUGGUUCACGCCAGGGAGAUUUCAUAGGCCUGCCACAGGGUUCCUGGAGGAGCGCCUCAGAAAUGUUAGGAAGAGGCUACGGAGGGGCUCCCGUUCCUCAGCACCAUCUCCCGUUUCUCAGCACCAGCACCAAGUACCGCAAGACACUGUGACGGCAGAGCGAGCCAUAGAAAUGGCUCAGUGGCUACAGGCUAACAUUUGGCCACAGAGCCAAGUGAAAGAAUUCAUGAGACAUACAGUGUCAUACCGGGCAAGGUGGAUCCGUGCUAAUGGAUCCAAGGCCAUUGGUGAUAUCAUUGCCGAGUUUCCACGCCUGGUUGAUACUCCUGGCAUGAUUUCACAGGACUUUGCAUUCCUGCAUCCCGACAAUACCAACAAACUAGAGCAAAGUUGGAGCCUUUUUGCCGAAAAAAUAAUCCAGAUGGGUCAAGGAGAGAGGGAGGCCAACGUCGAACACCUCUCUGCUGACAGACGUUACGAAGUUGCCCUUUUGCUCCUUCCACGGGUGGUUCCUGCCAUACCCUGUAGAGUGGGCAGGAAAAUGGUGCGCCCCACCAUUUUGGAGAGCACCAAUGCUUUCGUGGAUACACAGCCUAUUGGAACAAAUAUGGCGGACUACUUAACGAGACACCAGAGGGUGGAGCAUCCAUACAUCCUCAAGUUGGGUGACAGCGCUCGGGCAUAUGUAAUCAUCAAUGGCAGAGCACUAGAACAUGGAACUAUGCUAGCAGCGGUUGCAGAAUGUUUCAAGUCUUUUUAUGUCUUUGAUAUUUCUUAUCCAAGUCCCUGUGCCCAGGUUUGA